AUGUCGUUGUCGAAGGGGGAACACUUGAAGGUGUGUGUGGGGGAUAUGAUUGACGCGCGGUUUAAGGUCAUUGGUGAGUUGGGCGCCGGCAACUUCUCGAAGGUCUACUGCUGUUAUGAUGUUACCGGGCAGCGUGGCGUGAAGGUUGCGUUGGUGGCGUUAAAAAUCAUUAAGCGCGAUUAUAGGGAGGAUGCCUACUGUGAAAGGAAUAUGUUGGAGAUACUUAAUGAGAAGCACUUGGGGGGGUUGGCGGUAUGUCGGAUGUUUGAGUUCUUUGAAUGGCGGCGUUGCCCGGUGUUUGUAAUGUCCAUCCACGGCCCGUCGCUGCGCACACGACGUCUUGGCUACCAGAAUGGUGUCGUUACGCGAGCGAAGCUCGUAGAGCUUUCCUAUUCUCUUCUGACGACGUUUCGACACAUUCACUUUGACUGCCGCAUUGUGCACACUGAUGUGAAGCCGGACAAUAUUCUUUUAGCGGACCUUAAUCCUCCCAAAUAUUCCUUAGGCACCAAGUGGGUGGUGUGCGACUUCGGUAGUGCCUCACUUUGGCGCAUGGACCGCCUUGACGCAGAUCUGAUAUCGACCCGCCCGUACCGUGCGCCGGAGGUCGUGCUUGGCAACCCAUGGUUUUACGCCGCCGACGUGUGGAGCAUAGGGUGCAUUCUAUACGAGGUUGCCACGGGGCAGCGGUUGUUCGAUGUGUGCGACGAUGUCACGCACCUGCAGCUGAUGGAGAAACGCUUAGGACCCCUUCCAGCGUUAUUUAAGAAGAACUCAAAGUAUUCGGGUAGGUAUUUUACGGAAAGUGGGGAGUUUCUACACACGUCGGAGUUGAUACGGGCUGGAAGGGUGAUGAACACGCGAAAGCUGGCAGAUGUUUUCCACGAUGAUCCCGAGCUGUACGACCUCAUUGCCUCCAUGCUUAUAUAUGAUCCAUUGCAGCGUGCCACCACAAAAGAGGCUCUAGAGCAUCCUAUUUUUUACAACCACUUUAGUAAGAAAACGGAUCUCAUAGAAAAUGGUUUGGAGAAUGGGGAUGAGAAUUCAAUCGGCUUCCCACGGGCAGUGCCGCCCAAUAACAAUGAAACGGUGUACGUCGCGGGAGCAAGGCAGGUUGGUGGCCUGUCUUGGGUAGAGAAAAAAACUCUGGCAAAGCGUGGGAGUUUAACCUCGGCGACGCACACAAGCUAUAAUACUGGUCUGAACCCACACCCGCCAGCACAUCAGAUGAAGAUUGCUGCUGGAAUUCCGGAGUCGGGAAAAACAACACAAUCCCCUUGUGUUUAUAAAUCAUGCACAGAGGAGUCGCAUGCUAGUUUUUCAGAUUCCUUACACCCCUUCGCCGAAACGGACGUGAAACCUGUGCCAAACGCGGGCCAUCUCCCCGGAUGUUCCCUAACGUCUCAGAGAAAUAACAUGUUCUGCAAGGUAGACAGGCUUCCUGUGGCGUGCGCUUUGGCUAUAGAUGUACAGGAGAAGCAGGAAGGGUCAUUGCAAGGCACAAUGAGGUCAUGUGAGUUCCCGGCCCCAGUUUCUGCGGACAACAAAUCGGAGGGAACUUCUGUGGUUCGUACUCCCGCUGAACCUUCCCUUCCCUUGAUGUAUCCGUCAGAGGAGGUGUCUUUUUCUGUAGAGACCGCAAGCGAAUAUACGGACCCUCAUCUGAAUCCGCAUAAACAACCGCUGGAAGCAUCUGGGGCCCUAGUGGGGACAAAAUUGGUGGAGACAUCUCCGACUGAAGAGAUGACGAGUGCUAGAUCUCCAUUAGAGCCACUGACACAUUCGACGGAUCUGAAUGCGGAGACAAUACUAUGCCCGUCAAAACCCUUGUCUUCUGCGUCGGAGGUCGUCAAUUGUCCUGCUUUGUCACCAGAAGCAAAGGAAUCUAGUACGGGAAUGAUGCUGCACAGUUCGGCACUGCAUGUCCUUCGUAUACAGAAGGGGAACAGUGCAUCCAGUAGUAUUUCCAGGCGUUCAUCCCAUAUCACUGCAUCGAAGUUAGAGAAGCCGUCGUUUUUUUCCCCAUCACCGCAGCUGCCAACACCAGCAGCAGCAGUGAAGCUUCUAACAGCAACACCAUCACCGCCGUUCACCAUGGCUGAGACCAAACCUUUGCCACAGACAGUAGAAGCUGGGGAUUCGAUGAACGGAUUGAGUAUUCAUUCCUACAGUUUUCCGAUAACACAGGGGGCGGUUAUUCAGCGCGUCAAAGGUGGAAUGACAGUAAGAGGCGCUACUUCAAAGUUGAAACCGCAACCGCGACCGCCAUCUACAGCGCAAAGUAUAAGCCAUUCAAAUCAGUCCGUCGCGGGAUCAUCUCUCAGGCGUUUCCCUCUGACGACUGUUGCUUGCCCGCCGUCUGCUCAUAUGGAUUGUGUCAGACUACGUCGGCGCAGUGAUACAUCGAUGAACGUGCCAAAAACGUGCCAGGUUGUGCGGGGUAGAACUUACCGCUCCAACUCGCCAAAGAUUCCUUUUUAUCGAGACAAUUAUUCUCAAAAAAAUGUGUCUUCGGUCGCAGGCGGGGGCGUCUUGACGAAUGCGUGUGCGAUUCCCCCACAGCCUUCAUUUAUUUUUGAUGAAUCAACAGCUGCAUCGAGUGUCGUUUUGCCGAAGUUUUCUGCCUUCAGUAGCACCAAGCGUGGCGAUUCAGGAGUGCCACCAAUAGGGCGUUCUUCUGCAGAGGUGCGGCCAACCUAUCGGCAGGUGAUUCAAAGGAACGUUGUCACAGCUGGCCGAGCAGGCGUGGGCGGAAAAGUCCCGUUUCGACAGGAAUUGAAGAAUCCGUCUGUCGCCUCGCGAAACACGCACAGUACUGCGGGGGCAUAUGGUAAUAGCGCCGGUAGUGGGGUAACGACGGGCGUGGAUAGAUGUAAACGUGACACGGGAGAGAUGGGGUUUUUCGUUGAAGCACCGCCGUCUGAGCUGCGGGUCCCACACAAUGCCCGUCGUUUCCGAGCUGUGCGGGCACCAGAGUAG